AUGGAAGCUAAAUUUUUCCGCUUUCUCAAGAUUGUUGGGGUUGGCUACAAGGCGAAAGCAGAAUCUCAAGGCCGUCUCUUAUACCUCAGGCUUGUUUGUAGCCAUGAGGUUGAACUGACCGUUCCACCUGCCGUUCGCGUGUUCUGUUUCAAACCCAAUAUCAUAUGCUGCGCCGGGAUUGACGAGGAGAGGGUACAGCAAUUUGCUGCUUCUGUAAGGAGCUGUAAACCUCCUGAAGUUUAUGAAGGCAAAGGUAUAAUGUACAUUGAUGAAGUUGUAAAAAAGAAGCAGGGGAAGAAAUCAAGGUAA